ACUCACUCCCUUCUCUCUCAAAGCCUUCCUCUCGCUGUCUCCUACUCCUCUUCUGCUCUCUCUCACACAGUCGCAACUCGAACCAGUUUAUGAAACCCUCUCCAUUAGAAAAAAUCCAGUUUCGGGGAGCCAUCUCUGUCUUCGUCCCGUUGCUUUGAGGCUUUUCUGAAAGCGUUUCUGUAAGCGAUCGCGUUGGUUUUGGGGCCAUUUUUUCUAAAGCAAAGGGCUCUCUCUCUCUCUCUCUCUCGUCCCUUCGUAGAGCCCACGAACUUCAUUUCAUCUCCUCUUAGUCACUCACUCACUCACUCUUCAUUUACUCGCGCAAAUCCGAUCUGGUCCUACUUUGCAAUCUGGAAUAACCUCUUCUGCUCAUACAGUAUCGUUUGUCCGUGAAAAUCUAUCUAGGAAUCCUCUGUGGAAAUAUGCUUUACCCCUAAUUUCUUAUACUGCCCUGGUGUUUAACGGCAAUAUCAGCCGGAGAAUGGCGUAUAUGUGUGCCGACAGCGGAAAUCUAAUGGCGGUCGCCCAACAAGUCAUCAAGCAGAAACAGCAGCAACAGCAACAGCAGCAGCAACAACAACAACAGCAACAACAAAUCCUUGGCGUCAACCCUUUUUCUCUGAACCCAUGGACCGGUAAUCACCAACCCAUCCCCAAUUCUUCCCCCGUAUACGGUAUCACCACCGCCGGAUUCUCCGACCCAUUUCCGGUGGCGGAAACUGCUGAUACGGGGGAUACGAUGCUAUCGUUUCCCCAGUUGGAAGAGCACCACCAUUCCAGCGGCUUCAGAUUCUCCGAUUUGGGUGGCGCCACGGGGGGUGAUUUUGACUCUGACGAAUGGAUGGAGAGUCUAAUGGGCGGCGGAGAGUCGACGGAGAGCUCAGAGCUUCCUUCCGGCUGCGACGCUUGGCACGGCAAGGUUGAGUUCUCUCUCUAUGGUAGCGAUCCUUUCCUCUCCUGUUCGAGUCGACUCAACCUCUCAUCAUCCUCCCCGCCCUCCGAUCUCAAUCGGCUCAUCUUCUCUGACACCCCGAAAAACCCCACCCCUCUUCAAACCCAAAUACCUACAUGGUCCCCAUCUCCACCUCCGCCACCGCUGCCACCACCACCAGCGGCAGUUGACAGCUCUCCAUUAGACAAACAUCCCCCGCUGACCCACCGUAAAAAUGACGUCGCCAGCAUCCCAGCCCAGUUACCAGAAAACGAGUCGGCCUCGCCCCUACUGAAAUCCCUACUCGAUUGUGCCCGAGUGGCCGAUUCAGAACCAGAACGCGCCGUGAAAUCGCUCCUUCAACUCCGAAAGCCGGCGUUCGAAAAGGGCAGUCCAAUGGAGCGUGUGGUGUAUUAUUUCGCAGAAGCUCUUUAUAGUCGGGUAUCUUCGAAAACUGAGAAAAGCCUUCCUACGUUUCAGAUUUCUUCUGAGGAUUUCACUCUCUCGUACAAGGCAUUAAACGAUGCUUGCCCUUACUCGAAGUUCGCCCAUUUAACUGCGAACCAAGCGAUUCUCGAAGCCACCGAAACUGCAACUCGAAUACACAUCGUAGACUUCGGAAUCGUCCAAGGAGUUCAGUGGGCAGCUCUCCUCCAAGCUCUGACAACACGAUCCUCCGGGAAACCAUCGAGCAUCCGAAUUUCCGGAAUCCCGGCACCGGCACUUGGGAAGUCACCGUCGGCAUCUUUGUUGGCAACCGGCAAUCGUCUCCGCGACUUUGCAAAGCUUCUCGAUCUGAAUUUUGAGUUUGAACCCAUCUUGACGCCGAUUGAGGAGCUGAACGAAUCAAGCUUCAGAGUUAAUUCGGACGAGGUUUUGGCUGUGAAUUUCAUGCUUCAACUGUAUAACCUCUUGGACGAGACACCAGUAGCAGUCGAGAAGGCUCUGCGACUGGCGAAAUCCCUUCAGCCCAGUGUACUGACGCUGGGAGAGUACGAAGCAAGCUUGAACCGGGUCGGUUUUAUUAACCGAUUCAAAUACGCAUUAAGGUAUUACUCGGCGGUUUUCGAGUCGCUCGAGCCAAGCUUAGGAAGAGACUCGGCUGAACGGUUCCAGAUCGAGAGGGUAAUCCUUGGGAGGCGGAUCACCAAUGUGGUUGGACCAGAAGAAGAAGGGUCGACUAGACGAGAACGGAUGGAGGAGAAAGAACAGUGGAAGAUUUUAAUGGAAGGCUGUGGUUUUGAAUCCGUAGCACUCAGCCAUUACGCAGUGAGUCAAGCUAAAAUUCUACUUUGGAACUACAAUUACAGUUCUAUGUACACUUUACUGGAAUCCCCACCUGGGUUUCUUUCGCUUGCCUGGAACGAUGUGCCCCUUCUUACAGUUUCCUCAUGGCACUGACGGGUUUUUACCUAAUAUAGGUAGCUUGUUUGCAGAUUCCACCUGGGCUUUUUUUCCUCUGGUGUGGAAGCUUCUACUUUCAGCAAAAAUAUUGGAAAUCCUCACUUGGGUUUCUUCCUGGCAUAGCUAAGUCGCCAUUAAAUCCUGUUUGAAGCUUUUGAUUAGAACAAUUACUUGUGAUUCUUGGUUUUUUUUUUUUUUUUUGGGCUUCCCUACAGGUUUGAGUAGGAAGAACUGUAAAAAGAAAAGUGGGGACAAAAGAACAGUCUUGAUUAGUCAUCUGUAAAUAAUUUUGAAUCUUUGGUUGCCUUUGAAAUGAUGAAGUUAGUGAUCUUC